GCUCGCGCGGCGGGUUUACUUUUCUUCAGGCGGUGGCAGCGGCGGCGGCGGCGGCAGCUGGAGAAGUGGCCGUCGAGGGCGGGUGGACGAGCGGCGGGCGCGCAUGUCUCAGUGACCGGUGCGAAGAGGAACUCCCCACCCCUCGUCCCCUUCUGGGCGCCCCCCACCCCUCACCCCCGGAUCAGGAGUGACACGCCGCCUCCCGAAGCUGGAGAGCCAGAGACCCGCGCCCGCCCUUCCUCCCGCAGAAUCUAAGAUGUCCACUGAAGGGCAAAGAGUUGAUGAUAGUCCAAGCACUAGUGGAGGCAGCUCGGAUGGAGACCAGCGAGAAGGUGUUCAGCAAGAUCAGGAAAGAGAACAGGUUCAGCCCAAGAAAAAGGAGGGCAAAAUCUCUAGCAAAACAGCUGCUAAACUUUCAACUAGCGCUAAAAGAAUUCAGAAAGAACUUGCAGAAAUUACAUUAGACCCUCCUCCAAACUGUAGUGCUGGACCCAAGGGAGACAACAUUUAUGAAUGGAGAUCAACUAUACUUGGGCCUCCAGGUUCUGUGUAUGAGGGAGGAGUCUUUUUCCUUGAUAUUACCUUCUCACCAGACUAUCCCUUUAAACCACCUAAGGUUACAUUUCGGACAAGAAUUUAUCACUGUAAUAUUAACAGCCAAGGAGUGAUUUGCUUGGAUAUUUUAAAAGACAACUGGAGUCCAGCGUUAACCAUUUCUAAAGUUCUUCUGUCCAUCUGCUCACUUCUCACAGACUGCAACCCUGCUGACCCGCUGGUUGGAAGUAUUGCUACUCAGUACAUGACUAACAGAGCAGAGCAUGACAGGAUGGCCAGACAGUGGACCAAGAGAUACGCUACAUAGGAGUCUGCUGUACAGCAUGCUGGACCUGUGCAAGCACAUUCACCAAGUGCAUCAAUAGCCCCCCGUCCCUUAUUUUUAUUACAUUUUGAAGCAUUUUGUGACAACGUUGGCUCCCUUCCUCCCCCCUUUAUUUUUAUUGUUUAUUUUAUUUUUUCUGUUCAACUUGAAAGUUGUAUCUUGAAAAUAUGGAUUGGGAAUUUUGGAUUACAGUGCAAGGAAUGUUGGAUCUGUAAUAGUAUAGAGCUUUAUCGCAAAGCUUUGUAUUAAUGUAUUUUUUUUCUUUUGUGUGUCUUUGGGAAGAACAAGCAAACAAACAGAACUUUAUCUUGUUUCUACUUAAAUGUAGUGUUUAGGGUUAUUUUUUUGUACGGAAGUCUCUAAUGGUGGGUGCAUGCUACUGGGAACAGGUUUUGUAUAAAAAGCAUAAAAUCAAGAAUCACUGUGCAUUACUAAGACUGUGUUUUAACACUAGCCUUCUGUUUCCCAAAUACAAGGCUACUGGGUUAAACCAGAUAUGUAUUUUGAUUUACUUAAAAUAAAAAGUGCUUGUAAAUUUCUUAGGGACCUGCCACUUUUGACUGUGGAUCAGUUGAUGUACACUUGUAUUAUUAAAGCACUCAAUAAAAACACUGUGGCUCA